AGAUUCCCGCCAAAUCCAAAGACAAACGAUUUUGACAUAAAAUAAGGUACUUUUAUUUGUGAAAUUUAAGUGUUUAAAAAUCGUAUCCAUAGUGUACUUUGUAAUAAAAAUACGCUAUAUCCAAGAAGAAUAAAGACCAACUUAAGAAAUAACUACUUUGUAGAUACCCUGAAAAAUAUGGUGGGUCAUGAUGAAAAUUUGCUUUCGGACAUGCUCCCAGUUUACUAUACAAGAUUAUUUCCUCAAAAUAUUUUCUGCAGAUGGCUCGCUUGUGGAAACAGUCCACAACCUCUGUCCAACAGGGAAUUAUCAUUUACAUUAGCUGAUGAUGUUUAUAUACGAUUUUUAUCAAUAAAUGAUCAGAAAGAAUUUCAGACGCUGCUUCAAAAGAAAUGCCCCCACAAAUUAGAUAUUGGUGCUGUGUAUAAUAACAAACCAUCAAUAUCUAGGCAUGAUGCAGUAGUCUUAGCAAGAGAGUUAGUUUUUGAUAUUGAUUUAACAGAUUAUGAUGAAGUGCGGACAUGUUGUCAGGAAGCUAAAGUGUGUGAUAAAUGUUGGAAGUUCAUGGUUAUCGCUUGUGAAAUAAUUCAUAAAUCAUUGAAAGAUGACUUUGGCUUUCAAAAUAUACUAUGGGUAUUCUCUGGAAGACGAGGUAUUCAUUGUUGGGUAUCAGAUUAUGAAGCAAGAACUCUAGACAGUCCUGGACGAGCGGCCAUAGCUGAUUAUCUUUGUUUGAUAAUGGGAGGUGAUAAUCAGAAUAAAAAAGUACAUUUAGGAUCUGAUAAUUUACAUACAAGCAUCAGAAGAGCUGUUAGUAUUAUUGACAAAUAUUUUGAUGAUGUAAUACAAGAUCAAGAAUUUCUCGGAACAACAAGCAGAUUACAAAAAUUCCUGAAAAUGAUCCCUGAAGAUGCAUUAAAAGAACAAGUGGAAAAAAGUUUGGAAAAAAUGCCUGAAUCUUCUUUGGAAAGAUGGAAAGCAUUUAUUAGUAUUUAUGAUUCAUAUUUAAGAGAAAAUGGAAGUGCUAUAAGAAAAAUUAAAUAUCUUAUAGAAGAAAUAAAAAUACAAUUCUGUUAUCCACGGUUAGAUGUUAAUGUCACAAAAGGGUUUAAUCACCUUCUCAAAUCACCAUUUAGUAUUCAUCCUAAGACUGGCAAAGUUUCAAUUGUGUUCAAACCUAAUAAUGUAAGGAAUAUAAAAUUAGACGAAGUACCAACAAUUCACACAUUACUGGACGACAGUUCACCUGAUAAUGUACAACAUCAGAAUCAUAUGAGAAAUGCUGUGAAGAAUUUUCAAGAAGUAGUUUUCUCCCUUGAGAAGGCUGAAGCAAUGAGAAAAAGAAAUUUUGCCAAUACAACACUGGAUUUUUAGAAGUAUGAAGAAACUGAACAUAUAUGUGAAUAGGAACCAUCAAAUAAAAAAAAUGUGUUUUUAAGUUUUUUUUAUUAACAGAUCUUACAUUUAUUUGUUUAUCUAGCUUUAAGCUAUGGAAUAAAAAAUUAAAGCAAUGGUUUAUGUCAAUUGUAAAAUUAAAGAAAAUCUUGAGGUUUGCUCGCUUUUGUAGCCAACAUUAAUAAAAAAGGCUUCCAUGAGAA